CUAAAUGCCAGAGCGCAAUAAACUUGUACGGCGCCCUGAAGGCGGGAAUUUGAAUUACUGCCAUCCCCGAGCCUCUGGCAGCUGCCCGAGCAACAAUCUGACCCAACAAUAUGCUCUCUUGGACGGUUGUACGUGCUUAGGCUCUUGACUUGGACUAGGGUGAGAUACUGCUUGACAGGUCGCUUCGCUGUACUUGACCAGGAGACAAUCGGACUAUUCUUAGUACAUUCAGUCUUUUUGAAGCGUUGGUACUGCGCAGUAACGGUGCUAAGCUUUCAUAGUUGACCUCCCCCGCUUUGCGGGAACGGGGACGAUGGGCAGCUAUCUACCACGAGGACCGCCAUGCUGCCCAAAAAUACACCAGGCAUCGGCAAGUCCGUUCGCCAACCGCUUGGCCCAAGGCCUUGCUUGCAGAACACGGCAGCGCUCGCAGAGACUUGCGGUCAACGCUUUCCUCUUUAAUAUGGUAGCCGGAGCCAGCAGUAACAGCAAAAAUAAGGAGGCGAUAAGCAGCAGGCUCAGCGAGCUUAGACGCCGGGACGAGGAGGAAGACCGGGCUUUCCUUUCAGAGCAGUCAAGCGGCACCGAAGAGCAGGCCGAUGGUGUUGAUGAGUCAUUGGAGCUAGCACGGCCGCUGUAUGGGCCGUUGCCAGCGGACGCUGGCAGCGAAGAUGGAAGCUCACACCCAGGCGGACUAGUGACGGCCCGGUCGCUGCGGUUUAGUAUCGCGGAUCCAAAGCCGGAGAUUAAGCUCCUGCACCGUUUCAAGCCGGGUCGCGGUCCCGACGACACCGACCCCUGGCGCUCCUUCCUCGACAAGUGCCGCCUGGCGUGGGGAGUCUUCUUUCCACCAGCGCCCAAACGCUCCCGCAGCCAGCUGGCCACCUGGGCAGGUGGCAUUGGCAGCUUACUGGCGACAGCUGCCACUGGCAGUGGCGUCACGGACUCGGCGACCUCUCGGACCGCCAAGCAGGUGGUGACCAGCCGCCUGCAGAUGGUGCUCAUUGCCGACAGGUGCGGUGUGUCGCCCGAGUCUCUGCUCGAGAUGAAGGCACAGACGCUGGCGGCGCUGGCUGAGUACAUGGGCAAGGACCUGGACGAUGACGUGUCACAACUGGAGGUGCAGGUGUCGGCAUUGAAGCCCAGUGGCGAGCGCAUCACUAUGACCAUUGGAUUUGCGGACAUGCUGGGAGACGAGCAGCGCAUGGACCCGCUGCAGUACGACUACGAGUUUGAGGACGAAGACGACUACUUUUACCCCGAAGAGGAAGAAGACUUCCGCGUUGGGGAGAUUAUAGAGGUGCCGGCACUCGCGGCGGCUGCUGAGCAGCAGGACACCUCCAUGCAGGUGGCUGCUGCUGGCUCUGAAGCCCGCCAGUAGACGGCUUUGGCAGCCAAUGGUAGAGCGUUGCUGAC